AUGCGCAAAAAGGAUAUGAGAAGAGAGGAGGGAUGUUGGGCGCAUCAGCCGCAGCUGCAUGGCGCGCAGGUUCACCAUAUCAGUUGGCUCCACGUUAUGGUAUGGACCGACUGGGCAAUACCAAUAGAGGAACAUGAGAACAUGCGUGAGCGAGGUCUACGGGAGUCCAACAAGAAUAUCGCAGAUGAUGGAAGGCUUUCUAGGAACUUCAUAUGUCGCGCGCUUGGCAGAGAAAUGCGGCAUGAUUUGCUGGAUAAGUUGGUUGAUGAUGGAGAGGAGCAUGAAGAUGCCAAACAUUUGGUUUUGAAGACCUUGGAUGAUGUUGGGUGA